CGCCGGGCGGCCUCCCCUCGCUCGAUCUCCUCCUCCUGGGCCCCCGCGCCGCCCCGGAGCCCGCGCGCGGAGCUGCGGAGGGCGCUGCGCACUUGCGGGACACGCGCGGCUCCUGGAUUGGCCCCGGAGGGCGCCUCCGGAGCGCCCAGCUCCCAGCUCCAGCCGCGCUCCCCUCCCGCUCGCCGGUGUCCCCGGGGCACUGGGCCGCGCGUCAACCCCCGGACGCGCUGGGGGUCCCCGGGGACCGGCCAGCCCGAUCCGGGCGCGACGAUGGAGGAGCCGCAGCGUGCUCGCUCGCACACGGUCACCACCACCACCAGCUCCUUCGCCGAGAACUUCUCCACCACCAGCAGCAGCUUCGCCUACGAUCGAGAGUUCCUCCGCACUGUGCCCGGGCUUCUCAUCGUGGCCGAGAUCGUCUUGGGUCUACUGGUAUGGACACUUAUCGCUGGAACCGAGUACUUCCGGGUUCCCGCAUUUGGCUGGGUCAUGUUCGUAGCUGUAUUUUACUGGGUCCUCACCGUCUUCUUCCUCAUCAUCUACAUAACGAUGACCUACACCAGGAUUCCUCAGGUGCCCUGGACAACAGUGGGCCUGUGCUUUAAUGGCAGUGCCUUCGUCUUAUACCUCUCUGCCGCCAUUGUGGAUGCAUCUUCUGUCUCUCCAGAGAGGGGCAAUCACAACUUCAACAGCUGGGCGGCCUCAUCGUUCUUCGCCUUCCUGGUCACCAUCUGCUACGCUGGAAACACAUAUUUCAGUUUUACAGCAUGGAGAUCCAGGACCAUGCAGUGAUUUACCAUUUUGAUAAUUAAAAGGGGGGAAAAAACUCAAACAGGAAGAAUCUCACUGUAAAAACAACUGUAGGUAUAAUGUAUAUUUCCAGAGAAUUGUAUUUAACUAAUGUUUUUAUAUACUUAGUUAAAUUCGCUGGUAGUGAUUUGUUACAAUUAAACUGGAUACUCAUUUGCAAAGUGCUAUAGCUUUUAAUGAACUCUUAAGUAUCUUGUUGAUGUCUCCCAGACCUUAUUUUCUUAGACAAUGUAUAAAUAGAUAAAUUGCUAAUAUUAAGAAUGUGUCAAGUUUGUAAACUAACUUUUAAAAUGCCAGAUUCUUUUGUGAUUAAAUGUUGCAAAACUCCA